CGCUCUCUCACCCAACCUCCCUCCUUCUCUUUCUGUGUGUCGCGUCGGUGUUUCCCAGCGUCUGAAGAUCAGACGGAACAUUUGACUUGACGUCUCCCGUCCGGUAAAACAAGCACGGACGCGACCGUGACCGAGGAGGCGAGAGCGCUCGCUUAAUUGAUUCAAAUCAUAAUUUGAUGGCUCGCCUGAUUGAUCAUUGUCACAAGUGGGACGCGUGCGGAUGAGCGGACGCGGUACGCGCGCUACAAGACGGAGCCGAGCGGCAGCCGCCUCCAGUGUCCUGAUUUCCCUGAGACCCGUCGCCCGACGCGCCCAGAGGAGGGGACCGGCACAAGGGGGCCGGCUGGCUCCACAUGCCGCAGGAGGAAGAUGCCGUUCCAUCACGUGCGUGCAGGCCUCCUCUAUCCCGACAACUACUUGACUGGUUCGCUUGCUGAAGGAGCGCAAGCUUUCAAGCUCAACAGCAUUUCCACCGAAGAGCUUGGAGAGAUCCGUGAAGCGUUCCGUGUGCUGGACCGAGACGGGAACGGUUUCAUCUCCAAGCAGGAGUUGGGAAUGGCCAUGCGCUCGCUUGGAUACAUGCCCAGCGAAGUGGAGCUCGCCAUCAUCAUGCAGAGGCUGGACAUGGACGGAGACGGGCAGGUCGACUUUGACGAGUUCAUGACGAUACUCGGGCCGAAGCUGUUAUCGUCUGACAACAGAGAAGGUUUCCUUGGCAACACCAUCGACAACAUCUUCUGGCAGUUUGACAUGCAGCAGCUGUCGCUAGACGAGCUCAAGCAGGUUCUGUUCCACGCCUUCCGAGAGCACCUGACGAUGAAGGACAUCGAGAACAUCAUCAUCACCGAGGAGGAGAGCCUCAACGAGACGUCAGGAAACUGCCCCGAGUACGAAGGAGUUCAUCCCAAGAAAAAGAACCGGCAGACCUGCGUGAGGAAAAGUCUCAUCUGCGCCUUUGCUAUGGCGUUCAUCAUCAGCGUUAUGCUCAUCGCAGCCAAUCAAAUGCUGCGCAACGGCAUGGAGUGAUAAGAGUGCGCAUAUCUCCACGUUUUCUUUCUUUGACCUCAGGAGGACGAGGUCGUGUUCGGGUCGCCCUCCAGAUGGCACCCAUCAACACGACACGGGACCAUCACCCAUUGAAGAAGCGCAGCUAUCAUUGACUAUCUCAACUUGAAUGUUUUAUCUUGACGAAAGUUAUUUUGCAAAUACUGAUUGUUGUUGUCAAUCAUUUGAGAGUUUGUUUCAACAUCACUUCACGAUUGUUCCGUUUUUCGAAAUUCUAGUUGUUUAUUAAGUUGAUUUUAAAAGGAGUGGCGUCCCCACAUUGCGGUCGUGAGUCUACAUACAUACAUAAAUAUAUCAAUAUAUAGCAUGUGAACAUCUUUGUAGCACUCAAGCAGCCAAAAUUCUUUUAAGGCCGGCGGUUCGCUGGCAUUAUAAGACGGUUUAUCAUUUUGAAUAGACACGAUUGUAUUGCUUAAGUGCUCGGCACUUAUACGACGGAUGCAAGAACACUGUUGAUUUUUCGUGGCAUCAUCGGGCAAAUAUGCAAAUAACGUGAUGGACCUCGGCGACUCGAGGAGACUGAAGAGCAAUACACGACAUCCGCUUCAUCUUCUACUGUGUAAAUCUUGAUUAUGCAAUAAAGCCUCGUUUCGGUAAGAAAAUGCGCUCUUUCAAAUGGUGGCUUCUUUUAUUGCUGCAAAAAGGUAGCUUAGCUUAGCUUGUUUAGCAAAUGUGAAACUCUAUUAGUAAAGCCUAACGAAGCUACGCCAGCACUAGGGGUGUAACGGUUCAGUUAGCCCACGGUUCGGUUUGAACCUCGGUUUUGGGAUCACGGUUUCGGUUCGGUUUCGGUUUGCGUUUUGCAUUAAAAAAAAAAAAAAAAAAAAAUUAAAUAAACACUUAAAAUGUAAACAUUUUCGACUGUUAAAAUCCCUCUUACAGUGCCUUGCAAAAGUAUUCGGCCCCCUUGAACCUUGCAACCUUUCGCCACAUUUCAGGCUUCAAACAUAAAGAUAUAAAAUUUUAAUUUUUUGUCAAGAAUCAACAACAAGUGGGACACAAUCGUGAAGUGGAGCAUGGGGUAUGUUUCUAUCAGUUUUGCACAUCGAGAGACUGACAUUCUUGCCCAUUCUUCCUUGCAAAACAGCUCGAGCUCAGUGAGGUUGGAUGGAGAGUGUUUGUGAACAGCAGUCUUCAGCUCUUUCAACAGAUUCUCGAUUGGAUUCAGGUCUGGACUUUGACUUGGCCAUUCUAACACCUGGAUACGUUUAUUUUUGAACCAUUCCAUUGUAGAUUUGGCUUUAUGUUUUGGAUCAUUGUCCUGUUGGAAGAUAAAUCUCCGUCCCAGUCUCAGGUCUUGUGCAGAUACCAACAGGUUUUCUUCCAGAAUGUUCCUGUAUUUGUCUGCAUCCAUCUUCCCGUCAAUUUUAACCAUCUUCCCUGUCCCUGCUGAAGAAAAGCAGGCCCAAACCAUGAUGCUGCCACCACCAUGUUUGACAGUGGGGAUGGUGUGUUCAGGGUGAUGAGCUGUGUUGCUUUUACGCGAAACAUAUCAUUUUGCAUUGUGGCCAAAAAGUUCAAUUUUGGUUUCAUCUGACCAGAGCACCUUCUUCCACAUGUUUGGUGUGUCUCCCAGGUGGCUUGUGGCAAACUUUAAACGAGACUUUUUAUGGAUAUGUUUGAGAAAUGGCUUUCUUCUUGCCACUCUUCCAUAAAGGCCA